CUUCAGACAGCAUGUUUUCAACCUUUAAAAAGAGUGCUUUAAGCACCAUCCACAACACCUCCAACGUUAUCUCCAAUGUCUUCCUCCAACACAAUAAACCUGCUGUCAUCACACAAUCCGUUCGUUUUGCUUCCAACUUUUCACCCAAGCGAACAAAAUACAGAAAAGCACACAAGGGCAAGAUUCCUAUUCCCAUCGGUGGAUCUACCAAAGGCACAACUGUCGAAUUUGGCGACUAUGGAUUGCGAGUCAAAGAGGGUGUUCGUUUAACAGCUCGUCAAUUGACAGCUGUUCACAAUGCACUUAGACGUAAGAUCAAGCCUGUCAAGGGCUCUCAAUUAUGGAUGCGUGUAUUCCCUGAUAUCCCUGUUUCCAGCAAAGGUAAUGAGGUUCGUAUGGGUAAAGGUAAAGGUACUUUUGAAUACUGGGCAUGUCGUGUGCCCUUAAACCGUAUCAUCUUUGAAAUUGCUGGUAUGAGAAAAGAAAUCGCUAAAGAAGCUUUCCGAUUGGCAUCUCAUAAAUUGCCUGUCAAGGUGGAAAUGGUUGAACGUGGUGCUAAACCCAUUGUUGGUGCUGGCUAUGUGUCUCCUGUCAAAGAAGUCAAGACUGCUCAAGAAACAUCAUCUUCUGCUUAAACAUCCUCUCUUUCUUUCUUUUGUGU